AUGGUACAGGAUAAAUGGGCCCAAACCGGCUGGAGAAGAGAGCAGAAGUAUGCUAAUAAAGUGCUGUUAGGAAACUGGGCUGAAGAGAGAAUUCAGUUCACUCGGGAUCCAAAGACAGUCAACAGCACCAAUCGUAUAGACUACCGUCCCCACUGGGACUUCAAGCCAGACGUCUUUGAGAGAAGAUCUGCCCUGCUGAGAGCUGAGGGGCUUCCAUCCAAGCUGCUGUUUGCCCACUAUGGCCCACCAUCCUCUCAUUACUUGCUCACGCAGUAUGAAGAGAGCUACGGGCAUAAGCACACAAAUGCUUUGCCCAUUCUGCGACCCUGGCAUCCAGACAGCUUGACAUGGCAGCUUGACAGGUCUGACCGGCCAAUUUCUGCCCUUCCAACCAAUGUUGGCCCACUGCAAUCCACAAAGCAUCAUUUGGAAAAGCAGCAGUCACAACUCCCGUCACUCACUGUGUACAGGUCAGCAUACCAGAGGCACCCACUUAGUACCUUCUGCCAGAGCCGCUUUGUCAGGGCUUCACGCAUGCUUUCUAGCCACAUCCAUGCAGCCAAUCACAACAACAAGGACCUGGAUCUGAGACAGUGCUUGCUACUACAAAUCCCAGAUCCUUCUGUUAGCCUACUUCCACAAGCACAACAGGUUUAG